UAGCUAUUUGUGCCACAGCGCGUGGAGCAACAGCACUCUGUCCGUGUCUGUCCUCUCGGUCGUCGCGAUGUAGGCUACGGAGCAUCUUCACAGCAACGCUUUCUCAUUAACAAGUGGCGCACGUACAUCUCUUUGGACUUUUGAGUCUUCCAUAUUCACAUUUUGGAAGGAAAUAUACAUUGGACAUCUUUUUCAAGUUACCCAAGAUUCCACCAUGACGCACACUCUGGAUUCCAUCAGCUCCAACAGAACAGAAGACUGGAACACCACUUUCUUCAACUCAUCCAGGGACCUCCAGCACCCCCCAUACCCAUUCUACCAACAGAACAUCACAUACGUGGACCUCUACCUCCACAAGCCCUCGGUGGUGGUAGUCUUCAUUGUGUCUUACCUGCUCAUUUUCCUGGUGUGCAUGGUGGGGAAUGGUGUUGUGUGUUUCAUUGUCUUGCGGAGCAAGAACAUGAGGACGGUCACCAACCUCUUUAUACUCAACCUGGCCAUCAGUGACCUACUGGUGGGCAUCUUCUGCAUGCCAACUACCCUGGUGGACAACAUCAUAACAGGCUGGCCUUUUGGGAGGUUAGUGUGUAAGCUGAGUGGGAUGGUUCAAGGCAUAUCAGUGUCAGCUUCAGUCUUUACUCUGGUGGCAAUAGCUGUGGAUAGGUUCCGCUGCAUCGUGUACCCCUUCAAGCAGAAGCUGACAAUCUCCACCUCCACACUGAUCAUCAUCAUCAUCUGGGUGCUGGCUAUCUCCAUAAUGUGUCCCUCAGGGGUCAUGCUCCAGGUGACCAAGGAGCAGCGUGUCCUUAUCCUACUGGGGGACGGCUACAACAACACCCGCCCCUUCUACUGGUGCCGUGAGAACUGGCCCAAUCAAGAGAUGAGGAAGAUCUACACCACCGUCCUAUUCGCUAACAUCUAUCUAGCCCCAUUAUCACUCAUUGUCAUCAUGUACGCCCGCAUCGGAUUCACCCUCUUUAAGACGGCUGUACCCUCCUCUGGCGGGUGCAGUGGUAGUGGCAGCAGCGGUGGGACAAAACCCAGCCUGGACAACCACCGUCAGUCAAAGAAGAAGAAGAGGGUGAUCAAGAUGCUGUUGGUAGUGGCGCUUCUCUUCAUCCUGUCAUGGCUCCCGCUGUGGACGCUGAUGAUGCUGAGCGACUACGCCAGCCUGACGGCAAGCCAGCACCGCAUCAUCAACAUCUACGUGUACCCGCUGGCCCACUGGCUGGCCUUCUUCAACUCCUCCGUCAACCCCAUCAUCUACGGCUUCUUCAAUGAGAACUUCCGACGGGGGUUCCAGGCCGCAUUUAAAUUCCAGCUGUGCUCCGCAGUCAUGGAGCGCCAGAAGACCUACUCGCAUCGUAUCCAAGGCAAUGCAGUGUUACCAGCGAAUCUGCACCUGCCCACCGGGCCCGGCUCAGGGGGGUCAGAAUUGGCUUUGGUGAACAGGAAGGGGCUGGGUCGGGAGGAAGUUGUCGGGCGGACAUCCGGCGGGCGAUCGUCAGAGAGCGACGUGAAGGAGCAGGAUCUGAUCAUGGAGGAUCUGGAGAAGGUUAUAUAUGACCUAUGAGACACACUUAAUGUCACAAAGAAAUGGUGCAGUCAACCUUCAUUCAGCCGUGCAGUAGCCAGUGGACAUCAAUUUCCUCAUGGCUCUUUAGGGUCAUGACUGACUGGUGACAUUUAAGAAUGACAUCUCAGACUUAAGAGGGACAUCUUAUUGAAUGUCACAUGAUAUGCAUGGAUUCAUCCUUACCGGUGGACAAUAGAGUACCUGUGCCUCUUGCUGGGCUAUGCUCAGUCAAAGAGGGGAGUGGGAGGGUGGAUGGAUGCAGGGGGACACUUGUUGUGCUCCACACCUCUCAGUCAAAGGGAGGGGCACUCAGAGCCGAGGCUAACGCAGUGACGUGCCUAUUCAGUUGCCUUGGGACUGAUUCAAACAUGACAAGAGACCAUGCAGGGAUGAGAGAUGCCUCCUGCUGCUGCACACUUAAACAGACAAGAGGACUGGGAAUGAAAGGGAAUAGAAACAACCAAACAACGACCAACAAUUAAGCAGUGUACUUAUGAGAUACAGUGAAGGAUAUUAUUUUAUGUUGUUUUGUUUGUAUUUUAAUAGUGAUUGUGAAUAUUAAUUUUUAACGAUGAGUGUCUUGCACCAGAAUUUUAUGCUGCUUUUCUGUGUGCCAAAAUAUCGUAAACUUUCUGCAGAACAGGAAUAGUUGUUCUGACUACUGAUCCUUGUUAACAAAGAAAAUAUUACUUUAUGACUACAGCCUACUUAAUUUGGAGGCUAAGGAAUCUAUAUGUCAUAUAAAUACAGUAGCUGUAUUCAUGCAUGUUUUACUCUUUUGGAAAACCUUUACGAUGUUGGAAAACCUUUAUGAUGUUGGAAAACCUUUAUGAUGUGGAAAAUAACUGGUAGCCUAAUAUUUCACUUCCAUCAUGGUUUCUAGUUCCCACGCUACACUGUGUCUUAACAUAGUAACAUAACAUCACAGUUAUGUCAGUCGACACAACGACACUGUUAGGAAACAGGGAAUUAUGGAUCUAGACCAGGGCUCUUCAAACUUGUUCCUGGAGAGAUACCCUCCUGUAGGUUCUCGUUCCAACCCCAGAUGUAUAGCCUGAUUCGGCUUAUCAACCAGCUAAUUAUCAGAUUAAGGUGUGCUAAAGUAGGGUUGGAGCAAAAACCUACAGGAACAGGGUUUGUUGUAUUAAAGGGUUUGUUGUAUAAAUAUAUGAUGUACUGUAUCAUAUCUGUCAAAGUCAUCAAAUGUCAUCAAAUGUUAUGAUAGGUUGUCUGUCGUUGUCAUGAGACUGACAGGGCUGUGAUUUGUCAUGAAGUAUUGCCACAAUAGCGGUGUUGUGAUUGUCUGGUUCAAGAAAUGUGUAACAUAAAAAAUACAUACCUCAGCUUAUCGGUUGAAGAUGAGUCCACCCAGCCUCUGAGAUUGUACAAUCAUUUGAACUGUUUACAGCUGCUAAGUAAUCGUAAUAAACCAGUUAAAAAUUAUUUAAUUUUGAAGAUGUCAAAGGCUGUGCUAUGUUCCCACAUUUAAAAACAGUUUAGUAUUCACUGUAGUGUUUUUGCAGACUAAAGUACUGUAGUAUUUACUGUAGUGUUUUUGCAGACAUUACAGUAGUAUUUACAAUACUGCUUUUGUUAUAUCAUUGACAUAGCAGUGUGGUCUUUGUCUUUGAGGAAACCUACUGGACAAAAUACUCAAAGAGCAGAUUUUCCAUAACAUGUAGGUAGGAUUCAGAGCUUCUGCUCUUUUUUUAUAAACUGUAGGGAACACAUUAUAUGGUCUAUACUUGGCAUGUAGGUUUCGUAUGGGUGGCACACAUUGGGAUAUAGGUUAAUGGGCAGUGUAUAUGCAAAUCAAAUACUUGAAUGUAUACUAUAGUAAUUACUGUAGUGUUUUUGCAGAUAUUACUGUAGUAUUAAAGUGUUUUGCAGACUAGUGUUUUUGUGAACAAUACUAUAGUAUUUGCUGUGGUGUUUUUGUGGUCUGUAGUAUACUGUAGUAUUUACUAUACAUUUACUCUACAGUAUACUACACCAUUCUAUAGUAAGUACUACACAUG